UAUAUUGGAGAUGAAAUGGUGAUCCAUUUCACAAUUGGAUCAGGACAACAAGCAACUGGAAUACCAGCUAUUUUGGACCGUUUCUUUACAAGUUCAGCUCCCUCUUUUGAUACCAAACUUCCAUGCCAAAGAUGCCGUGAAGCUGCAGAAACAAGGAAUCAUGGUGUGUUCUCAUCCUGCUUAGAUUGCUUUCUUUCAGGGGGUCAACUCUACCUUUUUCAGUAUGGUGUAUCCAAACUACAGUUUUUAGCCCAAGCUAGAGGAGGUACAUGCACCCUAGCUUCUUCGGAUCCAACUGAAGAGGUCCUUCCUCGCGCUUUAUAUCUUCUUGAAAAAGGAUUUGGUUGCUACCAUAUCUCCAAGAAUAACUGUGAAGAUUUUGCAGUUUAUUGCAAAACAGGUCUUUUUGCAACCACAAAAGGCUGCAGUGGACAAGCAGCAUCUUAUUUGGCUGCUACCAGUACUGUAGCCUCUUCAUCAUUCCGGUUUGUGAACUCCAGUCUUUUUGGUAAGGCUUUGGUUGGCUGUGGAACUUACUGCAUUAAAAGAUUGGUUUCUGAUAUUGGAUUUCGCUACGAAGUUAUUAAAGAUGUAACUAAAGUUCCAGUAGAAAGAAUACCUGAGUUGACCAUGGAAGCUAGUAGACUGGAGUUCUAAAAAUGCCUUUGUUAAAUUUUUAUGCUAAGCAAAUGAUUUUGCAUUUGUUAUAAUAUGCG